GGAUUUAAUAGGCCAGAUUUGACCAUGUGAUAUCCUUGCUGUAACAAAUUCGGGUACUUGAGUUUAACUAACAAGGACAACUAUUUCCUUGUUGUGAAACGACGACACAGUUAUCAGUGUUUGGGAACCCUGGGAUUAUCACAAACGCAAAACAGAUUCAGCCCUGCGAGUCCCUAACAGGCGUUGGGAUUCAGUUUGAUUGUGGGUCGUUGAUCUCCAGAGACAGUCCUCUCCACCUCCAGACAUGUACCUGUACCUGCUGGGCCUGGUGGUGUGCUUCUACCUGUACCGCUGGGCCAGGGAGAUCCCUCGAGUCUCUGACAAGUCGGACAAGUACGUCUACAUCACAGGAUGUGACACGGGCUUCGGGAACCUCCUGGCCAGACACCUGGACAAGCUGGGCUUCAGUGUAAUCGCUGCCUGCUUCUCGGAGAAGGGUGAGGAGGAUUUGAGGAAGGCCUGCUCCGAGCGCUUGACCACUGCUCACCUGGACGUCACCAAGAACGACAGCAUCAGCAAGGUUGCAGCCUUCAUCCAAGACAAGGUUGGGGCGAGGGGAUUGUGGGCUGUGGUGAACAACGCGGGCGUGGCCGUGCCCUCCGCUCCCUGUGAUUGGCUGACCAUCGACGACUACAAGUCCAUGCUGGAGGUGAACCUGCACGGGGUCAUCGCCGUGACGCUGAGUGUGCUCCCGCUCAUUAAGAAAGCCCGGGGUCGCGUGGUGAACGUGGCGAGCGUGUUCGGCAGGAUUAGUCCGGUCGGAGGGCCGUAUACCGUCUCCAAGUACGGGGUGGAAGCCUUCAACGACAGCCUCAGGUUGAACAUGAAACCUUUUGGGGUGAAAGUCCUGUGUAUCGAGCCAGGCUUCUUCAAGACGACGGUGACGGACUCUGAGGUGCUGGGGCGCAGUGUCAAGAAACUGUGGGACAAACUUCCUCAGGAGCUCAAAGACGAAUAUGGACAUGAUUAUCUGGACAAGGUGGAGGUGGUGAUGAAGCAGAAACUGGCCCAGAUGUCCGACGGUGACCUGAUGAAGGUGGUCAGCUGUAUGGAGCACGCCGUGUCCUCUUGUCACCCUCGCAAGCGCUACUCUCCUGGCUGGGACGCCAAAUUCUUCUGGCUGCCCCUGUCCUACAUGCCCACUAUGGUGGCUGACUACCUGCUCCUCAAGGAAGCCAUCCUACCCGCAAAGGCCGUCGCAUAAAAGCCGGUUCACACUGGCCAAACAAGCCAACGGAUGUCGGGUUGUGUUGGUUUGGUGUGAUGUGUCUGUUGGUGUUGGUUGUUGGACAGCCGACAGUAGAAUGCUUUUGAAUGUUUGGUGUUUUUUGGACAUCGUUGGGUCAGUGUGAACGGGCCUUGACUCAGCACUUCACGCUGUGAGCAGGAAGAGGCUUGAAAGCUGCAACUGCUUGUUUUUAUCAAAACAUUUUAUUUUACACAACAUUGUAUGUCCUGCAGUGUAUAUUUUAGCCAGUGUCCUAGACAUUCCUGUAGUCAUUUGGAACUUGUUUUAGUAACAAAGACAGAAGACAACAUUGUAUCAUGGUAAAACCUUAUACUGGCAUGUAACUAGUCCAUAAAAUAAUACUCAAAGCCAAA